AUGCUGCAUGUAGGUGCACUUGGAAUGAACAAGAAAUCCAUAUCGGAAGGAUUCAAUUUGUGGGUCGGGACCGGAGACUGGCCUGCACAAAACCUGGAAACUCACAUCAUACAUGAAGACAACAUUCUAGCCCGACUGGAUGUCCAUCUUGACUACACCUUUGACAGAUCGGGUAGCUACAAACCCUCAGAAACAAAUGGGCUCUUUGUACAGCGAGUGAUGAAUACAAUUCGCGACACAUCAUCUGUACAAGAGCUCCGACUUAGCACUCCGCUCCAGGGUGAACUGGAAAUCGCGGCAUACGGGAGGGAUAUGCUGAUCAAGAUGCUCUGCCCAGGCGACCCUAUCAAGAGGACUAUAUCCAUUCCCUUCCAGCUGUUCAUUGACAGAUUCAGUCUAUAUCGGAACAUGUACCAAAAUAUAACUGGCUUCUAUAUGAUCCCUGCAGGACUUAAUGAUUCCGAAAGAAGACAACAAAACAAUGUAUAUACAAUCACUCUCAGGCCUCAUGCUACAAAUUUUCCCAAUGUUAUGGAGGCAUUGGCUCCCGGUUUACAAGCAGUUGAAAGAGGAUUUGACAUUGUGGUAACUGGUGAAGGAACUGUCAGGGUCAUUGCUCCUUGUAUUGCUUACCUUGGUGACAUGCCGCAGCAAAAUGACAAUGCUGGGAUCAAACACCCUACUGCAACAGUCUCCUGUCGGAGCUGUACUGUCUCCGAUGCGGAGAGGUUCAAUAUGAAUUUCAACUUGGUGAAACGCGGCCGAUACCAUUACCAGUUACUCAAUUUGCGGGCCAAAAUUGAGGCGAAGCAGACUGUUCAGGAGCGAGAAGCACUGUGGAAGACCCAUGGAUUGGCCAAGGAAAGUCCCCCAGUUUUGAAGAUCUGCCCGGCACUGAAUCUGGUGACAUUUUUCCCCUCUGACCCCUGUCAUAGUGAAUUUUCGGGCCUGUCCAAAAUUGCGCAUACAUUAUUGAUAUCACAUAUAUUGACACCUGAGGGGCAGAAGGAAUACUGCCAAACCCUACAGAGGUUUCCAUUUUGGAGACACUGGGCCCGACUGCAGUCCCCAAUUACCCAUCUGGAGUCCUACCAAAUCCAGGAACACGCCCGAGCUUCAAUUGUGAUCCCAAUUAUACUCCACUUUGCCCUAAAGCCUGACUGGAUUCAGACUGUUGUUCAGCAGGCUCUCUAUAACUCCUUUGGUGAACAGUCAAUUGAUCCCAACAUUCCGUGUUUGUUGCUUGCUAAAACCUUUGGUGCUAUUGCAAGAAGCAAUUCACUAUUGACUUCUCAGACAUCUGUCAGGUACAAUGAACUUAAAAGUGUGGUUGCCAACACCCAAACUAUGCUUCAGAAAGUGAUAGAUGCUACUAUCAUGGCUGCCGAGGCACCACGGUCGGCUAGCCGGGCAGUAUGGAUGCUGAGAUCACGGCAGAAUUCACCAGUGUUCAAUCAGAUUGUUACACCCCCGACAGAGGAUAUUUCAAUCAACACCAUCAGUAUUGCCCUGAAAGCAGGUAAGAUGUUACAUGCUUUGAAACACCAACCAAACAUGCAUAUUGGGGUGCACUAUGCUGACCAGGCAAAGGAGUAUGCUGUGCCAAAUAACUGCAAUGUACUGAUCAGGGAGGAUAAACACUGUGAAUACAAAGCAUUUGUGCAGCAAACCAACAAGCAUGAUGUUGAAAAGGUUUUACUGAUUCAUGAGAGCUUCAAACGCACUAUAUCCUUGACUCUUGAUGGGGCUCUUAUGGAAUUGGAACCCUAUAUCACCAGCCAGAUGAAGCAACUUCAUCACAAAUGUCCGAUCCUCAUGCAAGACCUCGUGCGAUCGGAACACAAUGAGCAACAAGAUGAUGAUGAGAAUGCCAACAAAGCCAAUGAUUCAUAUGCUACCACCCCCUUCCAUACCUUAAUCAAUGCCUACUGCCGACUACCAGCUAGCCGCAAAGUCAUGGAAUUGCUUGGUUUACAAAGCACACGGCUUUCCGAACUACCAGUUAUGCAUUCCUUUUUGCAAAAGCUCCAACUUUCAUACAGCAGUGAUUGGGCAUAUCAACAUAUGCUUGGCAGAGGUUUGACCCCAAUCUGA